AUGGUUGGAAGUAUUAAGGCAAUGAAUCAUCAUAAUAAUGGAUGGUCUGCUCCAAAUUGUAAUGGUUUAGAAGAGAAGCUUGAUGAGCUUCGAAGUCUUCUCGGCAAGGCCGAUGGCGAUCCUUUGAGAAUUGUUGGUGUUGGGGCGGGUGCUUGGGGAAGUGUUUUUGCAGCUUUGCUGCAGGAUAGUUAUGGUCAGUUUCGAGAGAAAGUCCAAAUCAGGAUAUGGAGAAGGCCUGGAAGAGCUGUUGAUAGAGUCACAGCAGAACAUCUCUUUGAAGUGAUCAAUUCGAGGGAGGAUGUGUUGAGGAGGUUGAUCCGGCGGUGUGCAUAUUUGAAGUACGUGGAGGCUAGGCUAGGCGAUCGGACUCUUUUCGCGGAUGAGAUUCUGAAAGAUGGAUUUUGCUUGAACAUGAUUGAUACACCACUUUGUCCUUUGAAGGUUGUGACUAAUUUGCAAGAGGCUGUCUGGGAUGCUGAUAUUGUGGUAAAUGGCGUGCCUUCCACAGAGACACGCGAGGUUUUUGAAGAGAUCAAUCAAUAUUGGAAGGAGAGAAUCACAACACCAAUCAUCAUCUCUUUGGCAAAGGGUAUAGAAGCUGCAUUAGAGCCUGUUCCCCAUAUAAUCACACCUACGCAAAUGAUUAACAGAGCGACUGGAGUACCAGUGGAAAAUAUACUUUAUCUUGGUGGACCAAAUAUUGCUUCAGAGAUAUACAACAAGGAAUAUGCCAAUGCUCGAAUAUGUGGAGCUGAUAAGUGGAGAAAGCCUCUUGCUAAAUUUUUGAGGCAGCCCCAUUUCAUUGUAUGGGACAACAGUGACCUUGUCACUCAUGAAGUCAUGGGUGGCCUGAAGAAUGUCUAUGCCAUUGGAGCUGGAAUGGUGGCAGCCCUUACUAAUGAAAGUGCUACCAGCAAGUCAGUAUACUUUGCACAUUGUACAUCAGAGAUGAUAUUUAUUACUCAUCUAUUGGCGGAAGAACCUGAGAAGCUUGCAGGGCCCUUGCUGGCGGACACAUACGUAACCUUGUUAAAGGGUCGUAAUGCAUGGUAUGGCCAAAUGUUAGCCAAAGGGGAACUUAGUCGAGAUAUGGGCGAUAGCAUCAGUGGGAAAGGAAUGAUUCAGGGUGUUUCAGCGGUUGGAGCAUUCUAUGAACUCCUGAGUCAGUCAAGCUUGAGCCUGUUACAUCCUGAUGAAAAGAAGCCUGUUGCACCUGUUGAGCUCUGCCCGAUCUUAAAAACUUUGUAUAAAAUACUGAUAAUAAGGGAGCAAUCGUCACAAGCUAUUCUGCAAGCUUUGAGGGAUGAAACAUUGAAUGAUCCCCGGGAACGAAUCGAGAUUGCGCAAAGCCAUGCCUUCUACAGGCCUUCUCUUCUCGGCCAGCCUUUGGCUACUUUGCAUUGCCAGUGA